AUGUCAUCCAUACUGAAGAGUGGCUGGAAUUUCGUCAAAAGACACCGAAAUAAGGCGCUGAUAGGUGUGGGCGCUGUGGGCGCCGCCUACGCCCUCAACCGCUACCUCCAGUCGGUGGCCAACGAGUGGCAGACCUCCUCGUCGCGCGACUUCGUCUCCGAAGUCAAGAAGAAGGAGAUCCACUUCGAGAACACCAUCGAGACGUGCAAUCAGACAUCGAUGUCGCUGUCCGUCAAGAUUGUGGACAUUCUGGACCAGUCGCUGGACGCCGACCCCAUUCUGGAGCUGAUUAGGGCCGACACCGACCACAAGCUCACGGACACGAAGAUCCAGUUGUGGAACAAACUGAAGGUCCGUAUCUUCACGCGCGUCAUAUCGGAGGUGUAUUGUGUGGUACUGUUCGUGACAUACCUGCGCGUCCAGCUGUCCGUUUUGGCCGGUUAUAUAAAACAUUUCAAUUAA